GGGGGAGGGGCUGGAGACAAAUAGUAAGAAGAGACUAGCAGGUGUAUUGGAGCGGGUAGAACCGGAGCAAAUGGAUUUGCACUGCUGCAGUCCUGACAGACGGGGAUUUGCUAAGGCACAGGUGUACUGAUAGGAAGAGCAGACACUGAGAAGUAACGCUAACAUGGAGUCCGCAUCGCUGAAGGGAAACAGGAAAAUGUGACAGUGAGGAGGGAAGGGGAGGGGGAAGGAGAGAGGAAGGAAGGGGAGGGAAGAGGAGCUUGUGGCAGGCUGCUGUCACUUCCAGUGCAGCACAGGCAGGAGACAAGGAUACUCACUCACACAGAGCCAAAGAGCCAGGCUGGAUACAUCUGUACAGACGGCCGGGCAGGGGGGCACUUGUUUGCCCCUCCCCGCUGACAGAAGAAGCGCUGCCGUCGGGCUGACGGACAUUACGAAUUACUGGAUGUGUGAGCCUUAAACAGUAGCACCAGUGGAUUUAUUCUUCCUAACUCUGCCCAGAGUGAAUGCCCAUUCUGUGCCCACACCAUUGCUUUCCUAGCUGGAUGACUGCGAACGCUGUGCUCGACCGGGCACCGAGAUAGAAACCAUCAGCUCCCGAUCCUUGUCACCCUCCUGCCUCUUAUCUGCUCCUCCUUCCCCCAAACUGAUCACCUGCAGCGCCCCCCCCCCUGUCAUAUUCGCACCCUCCCUCUCUCCAGCCUCUGGGGCCAGGACCCUAGCACCGUGUGUGUGUGUGUGGGGUGCCCAUCAGGAAAAGCCAGGAGAGGAGAGGCAAAGGAAAAGUGGGGGGUGAGAGGAGAGAGGGAUCUGGAGGAGGAGGAGGAGGUGGCGGUGGUGGAAGAAGAGGCAGAGAAGGGAAGCGGUGACCAUGAAGAAAUUUAACCCCAUCAGGAAGGUGCUGGACGGCCUGACAGCCGUUUCCUCCUCCUCUUCUUCAUCUUCUUCUUCAUGCCAGCCCGGGAACAAGGAGCUGGAGAUUACAGAGACCCUCCAGUCCGAGCACUUCCAGCUCUGCAAGACAGUCCGCCAUGGAUUCCCUUAUCAGCCCUCAGCCUUGGCAUUUGAUCCAGUGCAGAAGAUUCUUGCAAUUGGGACCCAGACCGGUGCUCUAAGGCUAUUCGGUCGACCAGGAGUUGAAUGCUAUUGUCAGCAUGACAGUGGAGCUGCAGUAAUACAACUUCAGUUCCUGAUUAAUGAGGGAGCUCUAGUGAGUGCCUUGACGGAUGACACUUUACAUUUAUGGAACCUGCGACAGAAGAGACCUGCUGUACUGCAUUCCCUAAAAUUUAGUAGAGAAAGGAUAACAUUUUGCCACCUGCCUUUCCAGAGCAAAUGGCUCUACGUGGGAACAGAAAGAGGCAAUAUUCAUAUUGUCAACGUGGAGUCAUUCACUCUCUCAGGCUACGUCAUCAUGUGGAAUAAAGCCAUUGAACUGUCAUCCAAAUCACACCCAGGACCAGUUGUCCACAUCAGUGAUAAUCCAAUGGAUGAAGGGAAGCUCCUGAUUGGUUUUGAGUCUGGUAUAGUAGUGUUAUGGGACCUCAAGUCAAAGAAAGCAGACUACAGAUACACCUAUGAUGAGGCUAUUCAUUCUGUUGCUUGGCACCAUGAAGGAAAGCAGUUUAUCUGCAGCCAUUCAGAUGGAACUUUAACCAUAUGGAACGUACGCUCUCCUGCCAAGUGCAUACAGACAAUCGUGCCGCAUGGUAAACAGAUUAAAGAUGGAAAAAAGCCAGAACCCUGCAAGCCUAUCCUGAAAGUUGAAUAUAAAACAACACGAUACGGGGAUCCUUUUAUCAUCCUUUCAGGCGGCUUAUCAUACGAUACUGUUGGAAGAAGGCCUUGCUUAACUGUAAUGCAUGGGAAAAGCACUGCAGUCCUGGAAAUGGAUUAUCCUAUUGUGGAUUUCCUAACCCUUUGUGAAACUCCCUAUCCAAAUGAUUUCCAGGAACCAUAUGCUGUUGUUGUACUCCUAGAAAAAGAUUUAGUUGUUAUAGAUCUUGCACAAAAUGGAUAUCCUAUAUUUGAAAACCCUUAUCCUCUCAGUAUACACGAGUCUCCUGUCACAUGCUGCGAGUACUUUGCUGAUUGCCCUGUGGACCUUAUCCCUGCACUUUACUCAGUUGGGGCCAGGCAAAAGCGACAAGGUUACAGUAAAAAGGAAUGGCCCAUCAGUGGUGGUAACUGGGGUGUUGGCACGCAAAGCUAUCCUGAAAUAAUUAUCACUGGCCAUGCAGAUGGUUCAAUCAAAUUUUGGGAUGCUUCAGCAAUAACGCUGCAGGUUUUGUACAAGUUGAAGACAGCGAAGGUUUUUGAGAAGUCUAGAAACAAAGAUGACAAGCCAAGCACAGACAUUGUAGAUGAAGACCCAUAUGCCAUCCAGAUGAUCUCCUGGUGCCCAGAGAGCAGGGUGCUUUGUGUGGCUGGAGUUUCAGCGCAUGUCAUCAUUUACAGAUUCAGCAAACAGGAAGUUACAACAGAGGUUGUCUCGAUGCUGGAAGUCCGGUUACUCUAUGAAAUUAACGAUUUAGAGUCCCCUGAUAUAGAACAAGUGCCAACACCUAGUGGAGGACCCAACUCCCAACCUAUUGUUUUUCAAUCACAUCCAUCCACAAGCAGCAGUUCUUCUGAUGGGAUUCGAGACAAUGUUCCCUGUUUAAGGGUGAAAAGCACCGCUUUAAAGCAAUCUGCUGGUUAUCAAGUAGAAUUAGUCAUACAGCUUGUGUGGGUCAGUGGGGAACCUCCACAGCAAAUAACCAGUCUGGCUGUUAACUCUGCCUAUGGGCUAGUUGUUUUUGGCAACUGCAAUGGUAUUGCUAUUGUUGACUACAUACAGAAGGCUGUUCUCUUGAACCUCAGCACUGUUGAAUUAUAUGGCUCAAAUGAUCCCUAUCAGAGACAGCCACGAUCUCCACGCAAAACACGACAACCCUCAGGAGCGGGCCUUUCUGACAUUAAUGAAAGCACGGUGGCAUCAGAGGAUCGCUGUAAAUCCCCUACUUCAGGUUGCACAUCCAAUUCUUCUGAUGAUGAACAAACAAAGAGUAAAUUUAUAGAAAAGGUGAAAAUCAAAGGCAGAAGGUUUUCCAAAGCGAUAGUCACUGAUCUAGCAAAGAUGUCAAGAAAGCUAAGCCUACCUACAGAAUUAAAGCCUGAAUUAGUGCCGUUUCUAGAUGUUAGAGACAAUUCCUUCAGUCGAUCCAGGAGCUCCAGUGUGACAAGCAUCGACAAGGAAUCGCGGGAAGCAAUAUCAUCUCUGCACUUUUGUGAGACGUUCACCAGAAAACCUGACGUGUCAACAUCCCCAUGUUUAUGGGUUGGAACAACGCUGGGAACUGUGUUAGUCAUUGUACUAAACCUACCACCAGGGGGAGAGCAGAGACUUCUACAGCCAGUAAUUGUAUCUCCAAGCGGGACCAUACUGAGGUUAAAGGGUGCAAUCUUACGAAUGUCAUUUCUUGACACACUUGGAGCUUUAAUUCCACCAGCAUCUGAAUCCUGGAGGGAACCAAACGUCCCCGAAGAUAAGGAUGAUAAGGAUCGAUUGAAAAAACGGAGGCCAGUGUCUGUCUCACCCUCCUCCUCUCAGGAAAUCAGUGAAAACCAAUAUGCAGUGAUAUGUUCUGAAAAGCAAGCAAAGGUGAUCUCUUUGCCCUCCCAGAACUGCAUUUAUAAACUCAACAUAACAGAGACUUCUUUUGUUCUACGAGGAGAUAUAGUGUCAAUGAGUAAUAGCACCUGCCUUGCAUGUUUCUGUGCCAAUGGACAUAUUAUGACUUUUAGUUUGCCAAGUUUAAGGCCGCUGUUGGAUGUAAAUUACUUGCCACUUACCAACAUGCGGAUAGCCCGAACAUUCUGCUUCACAAACAAUGGACAGGCAUUGUAUCUCGUCUCACCCACAGAAAUACAGAGAAUUACCUAUAGUCAAGAAACCUGCGAGAACUUACAGGAAAUGUUAGGAGAGCUCUUCACACCAGUGGAAACACCAGAAGCUCCUAACAGAGGGUUCUUCAAAGGCUUAUUUGGUGGAGGGGCACAGUCACUUGACCGCGAGGAUCUUUUUGGAGAGACUGCAUCUGGGAAACCCUCAAGAAGCCUUGCCCAGCACAUCCCUGGGCCUGGGGGAAUUGAGGGAGUUAAGGGAGCUGCAUCAGGAGUUGUUGGAGAACUAGCUCGUGCCCGAUGGGCCUUGGAUGAAAGAGGGCAGAAAAUAGGGGAGCUGGAGGAAAAAACAACUGCUAUGCUUGCCAGUGCAGACUCCUUCUCAAAACAUGCUCAUGAGAUGAUGUUAAAGUAUAAAGAUAAGAAGUGGUAUCAGUUCUGAUGACAAAGAUCCCAAACACAUUGUUUUAUGUACAUCCAGAAGGAGAAUUUAAACCAAGAGUGCAUCAAUUUUCUCUUCAUUUCUUUCUGCAGGACAGUUGGGAACAGGGGUGAACGUUCAUAUUUGGUUACAAUUUCCUAGCACAAAUCGUAUACUGUCUUACCUCAGUUUGUGGCUUUAACUGAGGAGCAUUGCAUUACAACACAAAAACUCGGCACUGAGUUAUGAUUUGCUGUGGCAGUGAGUAGAGAGCAGGCAACAUAUAAGAAAGUUGAAGGAAAACAUUUAGAGGAAGAAAAAGGAAAAAAACCUUGCAUUCCCUGGUUCAAUGUUCAACAUUCUUGAGGAUUUUUUUUUUAACGGCUUUUGUUUUUCUGGAUACUUGGAUCUGAACAUUGUGAUUGGACCUCUAGUAUUUCACCUCUGUUAUUUCUGCUAGGAAAACUGCAAUCAUUUUCAGUUCUCAAACUUAGAAGCAAGACAGAAACCACACCGACGGCAAAAAUACCAGAACAGUGAUCUGCAAAGGGUAUCCCAUCAUCACUUGCAUAAGUGAAGAAUUUCCCUUGAGAUUUCAUGUACGCUUUCCUAUUGCUUUGUUCAGUUCAACACUUCAUUGUGAAAGCCUCCAGCUAGUAUUUGUGAACCUUAUGCACUGACCCACACAAGUGCUCGUGGGGUUUACUGCAUUUCUUUUGCAGCUAUGGCUUUGGAAAUACUGGCCAUUGCAUCUAAAAACAUAUACUUCCUAGAAAUUCUCUCACCACCUUCAUGAUUUUCUUCAGCAAAUGGGUUUAUCAAUAAAUACUGUAGCUGCAGCAUAGUGCAAAUAAGCGAAGGUAUAGGGUUAAGUGUCACAAGGGUACUGUAACUGUCGCAAGCAAUCUGGCGAAUAACAAAUCAUAUUUUUCUGUAUGAGAUUUGUAACUGGCUGACCUUAUUUUUGUCAUGCAUAAAAAUAAUUUAUAUUUUACUUUUAAAGUCAUAUGGCUCUGUAUCAAUUUACCAGGCUGCAUAUACUGAAUGAGAAGAGAUUACGAUUCAUGUCAUUCCAUGAAGACAAACUAUUAAAGGGCAAAAUAACCCUUU